ACAUUUUCUACGAAGCAAAGAGAGAGUCUUGCAUUUAAAGUUGUCCUACUUAUAUUUGUUGUUUAGGAGUCUCUUUCUUUCUUUACACUCUAAAAUGGUGUAAACUUGAGCAGUCCCGAAGAAAGGGAGUGAUUUUUCGUUUGGACAGAUUGCUAGCUAGCAAGAACUYUUGUUUGCUAUGAGAUUCUGCCCGCUCGGUAAUCAUAUUCCUUGCGAAAAUUUUCAUUCAAAGUCUCUUGGGGAAAAAAUGGAAACUGAUAUUGCUAGUUUGUUCUUGCUUAUCCUUCGAUUGUAACGACUUGACAAAGCUCUUCUGCAAGUUCUUCGGAUAUUCCAGAUCAGAAUAAGAAGCUGAAGCUGAAGCUGUGUAAUGAGGUUUCUUUUGAAAAAUUCCUAGCAGAAACAAAACGAAAUCAGCCAGAGUCAGAAAACUUUGGAUGUGACGUUCAUCCUAAAGAUGAAGAAGAAAAUUGCCAAUUACCACUUAAUGGGUUAACGCCUAACGUAGAAGAGCAAAUCAGACAGCUCAGAAACGAUGAAGAGAAACAUUCUUCCCAAAUGCCAUUUGGUAAGUUCCCGUUAAUGAAAGGCUCUAAAAAAGAGAAGUCGAAAAGCUACGACUCUGUUUAUUUUGGGAAUGAGGAUAAAGAAAAUUUGGAACCACAACAAAAUGAACAAAUCGUACGUUCAAAAAGCAUUACCAGUGUGCUUUCUGGAGAGAAGGAUGAUGAGUCAAACACUUUUAAAAAGCCGUUGGGUGGUGGGUUGAGSCUCAUGAAACGCUUUCAAAUGGGGAUAAAAACAAAGAAGCCAGUUAUUGCGAAGUCGGAAAGCCAACCCUGCGUUUAUGCUGAAGGUGAGCCGGAUAAAAAUGAAAAGUUCAAAAUGCUUUCUAAUCUAAAGAUAAAAAAAUCAAAGUCAAAAAGCUACGAUUGUGUCCUAACUCAAUGUGAGAAUGAAGAGCAGGAAUCCAAAAACCCAUUUCGCGCGUUCGUGAAGCACUUUCCACGACAGUUAAAAAGAAAACAAAAGAAAACAGUUGGAACUGUUGGAAGGUCAAAAAGCUGUGAUGAUUUCAUAGCUGAGGAAGAGRAUAAAAUGCAAAACGGCCACAUAGGGAAGAAAAAAAGUUCAAGACUGGCACUUGGAUUGGAAAAAUUCUUUGGAAGAGGGAAAAAAAGAAACGAGUCAAUAAAGAUAAAGCAAGACGAUGACGAAAAAGAGCCCAUGGUGGCGUUUCCUGGAUUAUCACCUGUGGAGGCGUCUACAUCCAGGGCACGGAUACACCAGGCAAAGUCACAAGAUUAUGCAAGCGCUCUUUCUGAAAAUGAGGGUGCAGAAGAAGAGCCCAUGGUGACAUUUCCUSGAUUACCACCUACGCAGCCGUCUACAUCCAGGGCACAGAUACACCAGGCAAAGUCACAAGAUUGUGGAAGCGCUCUUUCUGAAAAUGAGGGUGCAGAAGAAGAGCCCAUGGUKACGUUUCCUGGAUUACCACCUACGCAGCCGUCUACAUCCAGGGCACGGAUACACCAGGCAAAGUCACAAGAUUGUGGAAGCGCUCUUUCUGAAAAUGAGGAUGCAGAAAAAGAGCCCAUGGUGACGUUUCCUGGAUUACCACCUAAGCAGCCGUCUACAUUCAGGACACAGAUACACCAGGCAAAGUCACAAGAUUAUGCAAGCGCUCUUUCURAAAAUGAGGAUGCAGAAAAAGAACCCAUGGUGRCGUUUCCUGGAUUACCACCUACGCAGCCGUCUACAUCCAGGGCACAGAUACACCAGGCAAAGUCACAAGAUUAUGGAAGCGCUCUUUCUGAGAAUAAGGAUGAAGACAAAGAGAACAUGGUGGCGUGUUAUAAAUUCAGGGAAGAACCCAUUGGUUUCGGUGCUCCAGGAACUUGUGUUUACUCAGGGGUAAACACAAAAGAUGGCAGAAAAGUUGCCAUUAAGAAAAAACAUUUUCAUACAAAAAAACAAAGCUCCGAUUAUAAGAAAGAGAUCGAAUAUCUUUUGCGCCUUAGACAUUGUUCAAAUGUUGUUAACUAUUUGGAUGUUGAAGUAMGAAAAGAUGUUGUUUACAUCGUACUAGAACUAAUGGAGGGAACGCUAGAGGCCUUGGUAAAUCGGCCCAACCCUGGAAUCAACUUCGUUGAAUUGAGUCGUGAUAUGAUAAAUGCACURCAAUUCCUACACAACGUUAAGAUCGUUCAUAGAGAUAUCAAACCAAGAAACAUUCUUUACGUUUCUUCACCAAGACUCAAGUUAAAACUUGCCGACUUUGGUUUAAGUAAGAUGAUUGGAAGUGAUUCCUCUAGCAUAGGGUACAAUGGUGGUACCAGGUGCUGGAUGGCACCAGAAGUACACGAAAGUCUAAAGACGUUCUCUACUGCAUCUGAUGUGUUUGCCACGGGGCUUGURCUUCACUUUCUUAUGACAUCCAGACAUCCAUUUGCACCAAUAGAUGUCAAAUCCACUAAAGAUAAUCGCAUUUUUGUGGAGCAUAAAACUGUUGACAACAUUAUUAAUCAAAAUUUGAAUGCUGACAAUCGCCUUUCCCCAGAAGCUCUUCACCUCAUUGGCCAAAUGGUGAAUCAUGACAAARAGCAGCGCCCUAAUGCUGAUGAGGUGUUAGCCCAUCCUUUCUUCUGGUCGAACCAGAAGAAAAUGAAGUUUCUGGAAGCCGCAGCAAAUCAACCGGAAACCUAUAAAWAUGGGGCAAAUGACUUCAAGAGAGAUCUCGAGUCAACUAUAUUGGAAGCUCAGUUCCAAACAUUACCUUGGUCAGAACAAAGCCCUACCAUGGUAUAUAUAUACAGUGAGAUGAAUUUAUGGAGUCGCAAGUACAACACUACUUCAGUAGCAGAACUACUACGUUUCAUGAGGAAYGCAUAUCAACAUGUGUCAGUACCAGGACGCACACCUCUUUUCCAGAAAUUCAUGUUGCGAGACUUUGUUUUCUUGAACGAUUUUAAAACUUUAUUUAUCACCGUUUACGAAACUGUUCGAAAGCAUAAAUGGCACGAAAAUAAAGAGGAAAUAAAAUAUGCGAUAUCUUAUGCAGAAGAAAUUUARACACUAUGCUAUGCUGUUUGCGGGAAGCUGUCAGUGUCUCAAGGAUUUCACACAAGAAGGAUGUAAACAAAAUACUUUGGUCAAAAUAUAAACAAAUUCAACUUUCAGCUUUACGAUGUUGUUUAUCAGUCAAGGGGUUUAUAUCUGUGUCAAUGGUUAACUAAACUGAUUAUCAAGAACACCAAGUGCUUGAUUAGUGCUACAUUUUUAGUGGUAUACUUUUUAACUUGCGUUCGCGCUUCAACCACGUCACUGGUUUUACGAGAAACUGUAUAUAUUAUUUAAAAUGCAUUAUAAUCUUGUACAUUUUGGGUUCCAAUCCUGUUAGAACGACUUGRAGCAACAGAUCAGAGCACGACAAAAGACUUUAAGGUAAUCAGAAAGGAAAAUUAGUGAUGUCGUUAGUGUUUCAAAUUUACAAAAUAUUUAAAUAACGGUAGUUAUAA